AGGCAGACACAACAGCACAGACUUGCAACACAACGCACAAGCGCAAGGAGAGUCAGUCGACAUCAACGAGAACGGGUUAUUGAGAGACUUGACUUCGCCAGGGUGCAGCAGAGUGCAGAGAGUGUGGUGCCCGCUCGUAGAGUCAGCGACAGGACAAGCCGCGUUACCGUCGAAGACCCAGCAGCAUCAUUUCAGCAGCGCCGUUUUUUUCAGCAGUAGAUUGGUUUUGCUCUGGCUAAAUAGAGAAGAGCAGAGAAGAAGCUGUGCGUGCCUUGGUGCUUGCUGUCGAAAAGCGCAGUGAGCAUGCUGGACCAGUGGAUACAGACCCUUCAGGCGGGAGACUGCCUUGCCGAGCGCGAUCUAAAGAAGCUCUGCUUGAUGGUGAAGGAGAUCUUGAUCGAGGAGAACAAUGUCCAGCUGGUGAGAUCGCCGGUGACGAUUUGCGGGGACAUUCACGGGCAAUUUUACGACCUGCUUGAGCUUCUUGCCAUGGGUGGAAAAGUGCCAGACACUAGUUAUAUUUUUAUGGGGGACUUCGUUGACCGAGGGCACAAUAGCGUGGAGACGUUCCAGCUGCUUAUGGCCCUCAAGGCGAGAUAUCCAGACUGCAUGACGCUGCUGAGGGGGAAUCACGAGUCACGACAGAUUACACAGGUUUACGGUUUUUACGAGGAGUGCAUGCGCAAGUACGGUAACGCGAACCCUUGGAAGUACUGCGUCGAGGUUUUUGAUCACCUCAACCUCGCCGCUUUGGUGGACAACGAGGUGCUGUGCGUACACGGAGGCUUGUCUCCAGAAAUUCGAACGAUUGAUCAGAUUCGCACGAUAGAGCGUAACAAGGAAAUUCCCCACGAGGGUGCCUUCUGCGACAUGAUGUGGUCGGACCCGGAAGAGAUUAGGGACGCUUGGCUCAUCAGCCCGAGGGGUGCGGGAUACUUGUUCGGGUCGCGGGUGGCGGAGGAGUUUAACCACAUGAAUGGCCUCGACCUCAUCUGCCGAGCGCAUCAGCUCGUGAUGGAGGGAUUCAAGUACCACUUUUCCAGCAAGAGCGUCGCCACGGUAUGGAGCGCUCCCAACUACUGCUAUCGAUGCGGCAACGUAGCUGCCAUGCUAGCACUCGACGACAACCUUGGAAGGGACUUCAAGAUAUUCCACGAGGUCGAAGAGUCAUCGUACAAGGCGCAACAACGGCAAGCAGUGGUCCCGUACUUCCUUUAGCCCCUGCGCGCGCUCUACCCCCUUCCCCGUAGGAGAGGGAAGUGGGAAGUAAAUACCAUCUCGUUUCAGGUUGUAUCCUUUUUUUGUAUUUUGCUUUCACGGCGGAUGGUCGGCGUUGGAGGGCAGGCAGCUGGCUCGCUUGUCGCUGUCGUUGUUCAUGCUUCGGAGGUACCUAGCCGUAUGUAUGCAAAGCCAUAGCGACAUGGAGCAGCAAGUUCCUGCGUGAUGCUUUCUUCCGCUGUUUCUUGCCGUGUUUGGCGCUGCUUGUCAAGCAAUUUCGGCAGGUUGGCUACUAUUUAUGUACGGACUGGUACUGGUGCUGCGCCGGCACUACACUCUCUGCUGCCGUUGCGGGUGGUAGGACCCCGUUUUUCCGCCGCUUCUCUCUCUGCCGCCGGCAGCCUACCUCUGCUUGCCAUUUUUCCGUCUACAGGUCCGGCCAGCGGUCGGUGUAAGGUUGGGCCGACCGGUGUAAUGACAUGUCCAGACUUUGGCUGGGUUGGAUUGGACUGACUCUGUGUAUGCAUGUUUCUGUACAGAUUUCAUGCCGCAUGCCGCCGAGCGGCGAAGAGUAUCUAAAAAGGCUGACCUUGACGAGGUUGACCGUUGUUUGUGCUACCGGAGCAGCAGGCGUACUUGGCGGGCUAAGAUUGUUACAUUUAGCAUUUUUCUGUGGACACGCUGUUGUUGUAUUAAUCUUGCCGAGUGGGGGUCGACAUUCGUUCCACUGCUGUUCCCCGUCCUGAUAGCCGUUGGAGGUUUUUCAUCUCCCUCGAAGGGGCGGAUGUAGUGUAUGUGCCAAAGACGCGUGAUGUUGACUUUGGGUGUACGAGACUAAGCCACGAUCUGUUUUGGAGCAUCGAUUCGAAGAGGUGCCCGCGCACUGUCCACCGCCUAUGUAGCUCGUGGGGCAUGUGCCCUGUGAUACCUUCGGCAGGGGUCGUCAUUGAUCGUUGCAAGCUUCUACUGUAUGUUGAUCAUACAAUUGUAGAUCGAUCUAACCCAUGUGAAGCGCGCGCGAGAGAGUAGAUCAUGGAGGAAAAAGAGCCUCAUCUCCUUACGUUCUUGUGG